AUGACUGAAAUAGUUGAAUAUAACAAAUAUCUCCCUUCGUACCGUUCGCUCUUGAGUCCCAAUGCUCGGUAUGACUAUAAGACGCAUCUGCUUGUUCCAUUGACUCAACUGGAGAUCAAUAGCAUUGUGGCGCGGUUCCAGAAAAUCCAGCAAGCUAGCAAAAAGAAGACGUCUUUCAAAAUGAAAUAUCGCAGUCUUCUUACAGACGUUCUGCUUAAGGCGCUGCGCAUCUACCUGCUGACGAAACGGCCUCAGCUGCCCCAGACCUUGGCUGCAACACGCACUUUGUGGAACAGAUGCGUCUCUUUUACGCAGUUUCCGGUCGAAAUACAGGCUCUUAUCCUUGGCUAUGUAGACGAUCGCCUGGCGUAUCUCAAUUGCAUGUGCACAAGCCGUGGCAUGUAUCAGACGGUGAAGCCCUACUUGUAUCGCAAUGUGCUGUUUACAUCCACUUACCGGUUUGCUCAAUUCAUCUCCUGCCUUCGUCUUAAUUCAUCACUUGGACUCUAUGUGGUGAAUGUAGACUUGUCUACUGUUAAGUCUGGCUACACUGAGCUCGCCGAAGAGGAUCCGGAGAGAGAAGACGCAGAUGAGGCUGAGGAUAGCAUUUCUGAUCUCUUAUGUAAGACCCUUGCGGGUUGGCGUGACUGGAAGUAUAAGAAUAAUCCACUUUAUGCAUUGCAUCCUGCUCCAGCUGUACCUCUCACAAAAGUGCAUUCUGCUGUAUCGCUCCAUUCGCAGAGCGAACUGAAACGUUUGAAAUUGAGCAAAUACUUUAAGCGGAAGCGCUCUCAUUCUGAAGUCUCUCUUGCCGCUGCUGCUGCUGCUGCAAAUGCUUCUGGUGGCACAGCUGCCGCAUUUAACCAUCACAUGUUGCCAGCCAGUCUAGCAGGAGGAAAUUCACUCUCGCACCCCAAGAUAAACAAGUUUCUCUUGAAUUAUGCGCAGUCAAAGGAUGUUCCUACAGGAUAUGUCAUCCAUUUGAUUAAUAUGUGCCCCAACAUGGAAUCUUUAAAUCUCGCCAACUUGACUUUCUCGACUGAUUACCGAAUUAAGCCGGCUGUUCUUAGGCAAUAUCAACGAUACGAUCUCAUGAACAAUUAUCCGAAGGAUAUGAGACACACCAUUGACGAGAUUGGGCCUGUGCAAGCCCAAAACAUCUCAUCGCCGUUCUGGGCGCCUACUAUUCCCAAAAGCUCCGAUUUGGCUUCUUCUGCGUCGUCUGUCUUUUCACUUAGUACCUUGACUAAGCCGAUGUUGAAGUAUAACAGUCUCUUGCCGCCAUUGGGUCCGCCAGUGGCAGAACUUACCUAUUUGUCUAAGGGAGAUAAAAUGGUAUUUCUUAGUGACUUAAACUUACGUGCGAUUAAUGCUCAUCAUCUUGAAAGUAUUCUGUCUGAUGAGAUCUUUGCACGACUUGGUAGAUGCAGCUAUGCCUUGCGCGAUCUUAAUAUGUCUUCAAUGAUUUGGGUGAACUUGAAGUUUGUUCGCAAAUUCUUGCUCGACAUUCUCGCUGAUAGUUUGCUGACAAGCAUCGUGGAUGGAAAGGAGCGUAUUCUCUACAACGGGAACUCAUUUGAGAUCUCAGGAGACGAAGAACCUCAUCCCACAAUGUAUCAUAACCCAAAUGAAUUAUCUAAGCUUCGCAAACUUGAUCUCAGCAAUUCGGGAAUGUACAAGAGCUUGGGAUGGGCUCGCAAGAUUGACUUGUGCACCUACGAAGGCCAAAAGGCAUUAUACCGUAUACUUAAUGAAGAGGUCAUCACCGACUUCGAGGAGUACGUUGUGCGACAGAGAAUAAGAAGGGGCCGUCCUGGCGAAAACUACUUUGCUUGA